ACCAGCAGGCGGAGCCUUCUCUACCCUCCACCCCUCUGCCCUCCACAUGCACCUGCCUGGGGCACGCUACCCUGGGGAGCUCAGCCACACACACAGCGCAAUAGCUGAGAGACUACAGAUGGAGGAAGACCUUCGCCAACGAGAGAAACAGAGGGAGCUUGAGCUGGAACGGGAGAGAGAGAGGGAGCGGGACAGAGAGAGAGAAAGGAAGAGGGAGAGAGAGAGGCAGAGGGAGAGAGAGAGGCAGAGGGAGAAAGAGAGGCAGAGGGAGAUGGUGAAAGCGGUGGGGACCCAGUACCUUGCUGGACUGAAGGCUCUCACGGCUCCGCCGGAGGACAGGGUCUUACCUGGGGAGAGACUGACACCCAAAAGACUGGGUAAGCCCCCCCUCCCUGCCCUCCCAGUCCCUAAACCUCUACAGCCAGACCUCCAGUCCUCCAGGGGGUCAGCCUCUCACCCCAUUCCCACCCUGGUGCCCUCUCAGAUGGGGAAUGCACACACUGCCUCAGCCUCUAUCGGGGGGCUCCAUGGAACACUGGCCUCUGCAAUGAAGCUCCAACAGGCCAAUGGGGAGAAUCUCUGGUUGUCAAAUCAGCGCCGGCAGGGGCAGGAGAGUGAGGCGUGGUCACCUGGGGAAGGGGUGGAGCCUAGGAGACACAGCUACAGGUCCAACGCCAGCCAGUGUGACCCAGGCAACAGAGAGUCUCAACCCCACCUAGGAGCCCCACCUCCACUCAUCUCCCCCAAAGCUCACCCUCACCUCCUCCCCCACCCCCCUGUCYCUCCCACCACCCUCUGGAACCCUGCCUCUCUCACAGAGACCCCCGCAGACCCUCGUCGCAGGUUUGACUCCCCUAUUCCCCCCUCCCGCCCUCCUCCUGGUCUGACCAGAGCUGAGUGGCCCCCCAGCUGGGAGCGGGGGGAGGAGGGAUGCAGGAGGACGGGGGAGGGUCCAGAGAGGUUCUCCUUCAUCAGGGGACCCGUUCUGCAGGUUUCUGGCCUCUGGAGCAUGGCUGAGCUUGAAAGAUCCACUCACAGUAACCACCACCAUAACCACCUCCACCAGCAGGGCUCACUGCUCCUGUCCUCCCCCAGCCCCAGCUCUGACCUGGGGGUCCAGCGCCCGUCCAGCUCCCCCUCUCCCUCCAGGGACCUCCAGAAGUCUGAGCGGCCAGGCCAGGAGCCUCAAAACCCAGUGGUGUACGAUAAGAUCCUUCAGCAGCAGCACAGGCUGGUCAGCAAGCUGGAUCUGGAGGAGAGCAGGAGGAGAGAGGCCAGGGAGGGAGGGUAUUACUAUGAUCUAGAUGACUCGUAUGAUGAGAGUGAUGAGGAGGAAGUGAGGGCCCACCUCAGAAGGGUUGCAGAGCAGCCCCCCCUAAAACUAGACACAUCCUCAGAGAAGGUGUGUUUUCUGCRWGUGUGUGGCCUGACCACGCUGGCCCAUCGUGACCAGCUGUUUCAUCAGAAGAGGAGGAAGAGGAGGAGGAUGCUGAGAGAGCGCAGCAACUCCCCUCCUCCUGUACAAGGCAAGAGGAAGACCCCUUGUUCUACUGUGGCACCCGUUCCCCCCCUCAGCACCACUCUCACCCCUGAAGAGAUGAACUGCUUCCCCCAACUGGAGGACAAGAAACAMUUCCUCAACAUGCUUAGCCUGUCCCAUGUCACGAGCCAGCAGAGGAGAGAUAAGGAAAAGAUGGAGGGGUUGCUGAAGGCUAUAAAGCUAAAGAGUGUGACAUUGGACACCAUCAGAUACAACCCAUUACCCCUCUGUAGCAGCACUCCUGUUCUCUCAACUGGUAAGACGCACACACGCGAAUCAAACGGACUCCACUACCCAGACUCCCCAAGCCCCUUGCCCCCCUACCCCCACCAUCCCGACAAACUUCACACAGACCCACUAAACCCCCAACCCCCUCCACCCUGCCACCCCCCUCCCCUGGGCCUCCACCCCGACAGGGCAGGACUGUGCGAACGUCACCCAUCUAAGAGGCUCCAAGGUCUCCAGAUCGGAGCGGGCCACCUUGGCCAUCCUCCCCAACUGAAGGUGCCCCUGGCUGGGCAGAAUGGGCAGAACAAGCCCUGGGAAAGAUUCAUCCGGGAGGACUUCGCCCAACACUUCCACCAGGCUGUGUUGCAGUCUACCCAUAAGACACUGGGUAGCUCCAUAUGCGUUCCAGAGUCCAGUAUAAAGUCUGAGCCCUCAGCGCCCUACAACAUCCCCCCUCUGAAGAGACCAGACCCCCUCCACACACCUCCACACCCCACCAAUGGGCAUCAUCCCUACCCUUCUCCACCCCACCAUGACCCUGAUGGCGUACGGGUUGAGCGCUCAGAGGAAGAUGAGGAAGAGGAGGACGAAGAGGAGGACGAAGAAACCCCUAGGAAGUGGAAGGGCAUAGAGUCAGUCUUUGAGGCGUAUCAGGAGUAUGUGGAUGAGCGGGGUAUGGAGAGACAGGUUCUCCACAGUCAGUGCMGGAGGCUGGAGACUCAGAACUACACUCUCCGUCUGACAGCUGAACAACUCUCACACAGCAUGGCGGAGCUGCUGAGUCAGAGACAGAGGGUGAGAGAUGAGAGAGAGCGACUGCAGGCUCAGCUAGAACACUUCAGGAAGUGUCUGACCCUUCCCAGCGUGCACUGGGGCAAGGGGCAGCUCAAAGGUCGCCUCCCCCGGUGACUCCCUACCCUGCUCCUGACAGAUUGACAGAGACAGACAGACAGACUGACUGACCUCUGGAGAGAGGAAACUGGAUUGGUUCCCAGUCAGAGGCAGAGAUGGAAGAGAGCUCUGGACUGGGAAGGAAGACAGGAUGGUAGAAAGGGAGGAGUGCCACACUCCUAGACUCUGUAGUGUGGUCAGACUCACCAUUGGUGAAAGACUAGAAGUCUAAAAGCUGGAGUUCGUAGCUACACAAGAGUAUGGCAUAAUAUUGGCACCCACUUUAACCAAUUCUAGAAUUUGGGACAAUAAAAUGACGAGUAUAUCCUCCUUUUUUCCYUCCUUGAAUUUGAAGGGUUUGGAAGCAACCAAUAGCAAGCUCAAAAGGGAAUGCACAACCAAUAGCAAGCCAACCAGCCACUGAACUGGAAGGACGAAUCAGCCAAGAUGCACUUAAAGACCUAGAAGAUCUACUAGGGAUCAUACUAGUGACAUUGCUGUUAGAACYAUCUAGAACAGUAAACACUGUGCUAUAGAGAUAUUACUAUUCUGGAUUUUUUUUCCACUUGGGUUCAUGGACUUGCAAAAACAUAGUUGUAGAAUAUUUAAGACAGUGUUUCUAUAAGAAAAUAACUGGAGGUUGUGAAAAUGUUUAUAUAUAUAUAUAUAYACACACUACCAGUAAAAAGUUUUAGAACACCUACUCA